AUGAGUCUUUUGAGGCUGCGAGCGUCGCUUUGGCCGCUGCUGCUGGGCACCUGCCUUCUCGCUUCCGCCGGGGGGGACAAGGGCGCGGCCGGCAGAGCCACGGAGCCGGUCCGGGGUCCCGCGGGCGGCUCUUCGGGUCGCUUCGUCAGCCCAGAGAGGCACGCGUGCACCUGGCAGCUCCUGCCCCCGGCCCCUGGACACGCGGCGGGCAGCGAACUGGCACUGCGUUGCCUGGGCCCGGACGGGGCGCGCCACCACUGCGCCUACCGCGGGGAGCCGGGGCGCUGCGCCGACUACCCCGCGCGCCGCGCGCACUACUGGAAGCAGGUGCUGAGCGGGCUGCGCAAGAAGCGGCUGCCCUGCCACGACCCCGCGCCGCUCAGGGCCCGCCUGUGCGCGGGCAAGAAAGGCCACCGCGCCGAGCUCCGCCUGGUGCCCCACGGCUCCCCACCCGCCGGCUCCUCCGCCUUGGGCAUCCGCCGGGAAUCCAAGCCCUGGGCCAGGGGCCGAGCGCGCCCCCGGGGGCGCUCGCCCGGCCCCUCCGCGUGGGUCCCACCACCCCCCAGCGCGCCCCCAAGAAACCCUUCUGAGAAGGCCAAGGCGGGCAAGAGGAAGGCGGCCUCGGACCACGAAAAGGAGCUGACCCCGGGGACCCGGCCCGACCCUGAUGGCCUGGAGGAGAACGCGAAACUCACCGAGACCUACUGCGCAGAAAAGUGGCACUCCCUCUGCAACUUCUUUGUCAAUUUCUGGAAUGGCUGA